CAUGAUUCUAUGGGAGCCCUGUGGUAAAACAAAAAUGGCGCCGAUAGAACCAGAGAAAAAAGAGAAAAAAAUACCGCGAUGGGAACCGCCAACUAGAGAUGAAACUGCCAAAGAAAAGUUUGCUAGGAAGGCAAGAGAGAACCCUUUUGUACCUAUAGGAUGUGUGGCAACAGUUGGAGCAUUGGGAUAUGGACUUUUUUCCUUCUUGAGAGGAAAUGCUAAAAUGCAACAAAGUAUGAUGCGAGCACGUGUCUUGGCUCAAGGAUCAACUGUUCUUGCAGUUAUUGCUGGUCUGGGAUAUGAACUUUACRCGAGAAACAAGAAGCCUAAAGAGGAAUAGGAAGUGUGCUAUUUAUUGAUAAUAAUGUACAGGAAAAUUCAAAGAGAAUUCUUGUCAACCUGGUCACAGGUCAAUUCUUAUAUUGCCAUAAAUUAGGAAAACAAGUAUAAUUGGAUGAGAAAGAAACUAAGGUGUUCUACAGAGAUCUAUUUUGGGUCCUCUAUUUUUAAUUAACAUACUGUACAAAAGGAAGACUGAGGUCUUUUCAUUGUGAGCACUGAUUGACUAUUAGGUUACUUUAAAUUAGGUAAACGAGAAUAAUUGCACCAAGGGCAGGCUUAUGGUGGUUCCACAGAGACCUGUUUUGGGCCCUCUCUUUAAUGUAUUGGAUAAGCAGGACAUUUAUUAAUUAAAAUACUGCAAUCUUGAUGACAAACA